AUGGUGGGCCCGGCGGUGCUGUCGCUGCCGUACGCGCUGCGGGGGAUCGGCUGGGCGCUGGGCCUCGCCACGCUCUCCGCGCUCGCCGCCGUCUCCUUCUACACCUACUACGUCAUGUCCCGGGUGCUCGACCACUGCGAGGCCGCCGGCCGCCGCCACAUCCGCUUCCGCGACCUCGCCGCCGACGUCCUCGGAUCUGGAUGGGCGUUCUAUCUGAUGGUCGCCGUGCAGGGUGCGAUCAACGUUGGGGUCACCAUCGGAAGUAUCUUGCUCGCCGGCAACUCUCUACAGAUUAUGUACACGAGCUUGGUGCCGGAUGGCCCUUUGAAACUGUACCAUUUCAUCAUCGCCGUCGCCUCCGUUUUAGCUCUCUUGUCCCAGAUGCCGUCAUUCCACUCUCUGCGGUACAUUAACCUCGGCUCGUUGGUCCUUAGCGUUGGCUACACCAUCCUCGUCUCUGCAUCUUGCAUUCGGGCAGGUCUCUCGAGCAAUGCUCCGGCGAAGGAUUACUCGCUGAGCAUGUCUAGGUCGGAGAAGACUUUCGACGCCUUCCUCUCCGUCUCCAUCCUAGCCGCGGCGUUCGGCAACGGCAUCCUGCCCGAGAUCCAGGCCACGCUGGUGCCUCCGGCGGCCGGGAAGAUGGUGAAGGCGCUGGUGAUCAACUACUCGGUGGCCUUCUUCACCUUCUACCCGCUGGCCAUCACCGGCUACUGGGCCUUCGGCAAAACGGUCCAGUCCAACGCCAUCCAGAGCCUGAUGCCGAACACGGGACCCUCGCUGGCACCGAGGUGGCUGCUCUGCCUCACCGUCGUGCUCGUCCUCUUCCAGCUCCUUGCCAUCGCGCUUCUCUACGCGCAGGUGGUGUACGAGGUCAUGGAGAAGAGGGUGGCAGACGCGACGCGGGGGAGGUUCUCGUGGCGGAACCUGUUGCCGCGGGUGGCGAUGCGGACCUUCUACGUGGCGCUCUGCGCGUUUGUGGCGGCGGCGCUGCCGUUCUUUGGCGAGAUUGUGGGUGUGAUCGGAGCCGUGGGGUACAUUCCGCUAGACUUUAUACUCCCGGUCGUCAUGUACAACAUGGUAGUGUCGCCGCCUAGGAGGUCGGUGGUGUAUGUGGCCAACGUGGCGAUCAUGGUCUUGUUCACCGGCCUCGGGGUCAUUGGCGCGGUCGCAUCCGUGAGGAAGCUCGUGCUCAACGCCGGGCGUUUCAAGCUCUUCAACGACCAUGUCGUCAAAUGA